AUGCACUCCGGUAUCGACGUCAAAUACCUAUCUGAAGAACAAUUCCUUGAACCACACAGAGAGAUUACAGGCCAAAUAUAUCGCGUACAGCUCGCAGACUUCACCGAGUCCCUUUCCCUACCUUGCCACUUCUGCACGAUCGCAAAGGAGUACCUUCCAUCUGCACUUCCCGCAGAGACAUACGGCAUCGAAAUCGCCUUCCAUGCAUUUCUGCCACUGGUAAAUCGCACUUAUAUCAGAGUGCAUGAUGCUCCGACUUUCAUAAGAAGCCUUCGAAAUUCGCCAAUCUUCCAAAACCCAGCUUUUGAAGACAGCAAAGAAGUUUCCAGUUUUCAGCAUGCGAGUUGUACAUCGUCAGAAGCCCAUGAAGGUCUAGCCCGCCAUUGGACUGAUGAAUGUCGAGAGAAGCAUAAAGAUUGCAAAAUUCGAGCUGACCGAAAAAGCUUUAUACCAACACGUCUUCUCCAGAUGGAUGAUAAACACCCAGAUACAAUCCGUUUGCACUUGACAUCUCCGGAAGAAACCGACUCAGAAUAUGCAACUCUUAGCCACUGCUGGGGAGGGGCAAAAAAUAUCACACAACUGACCACGAAGACCGAGGCCGACUUAACAUCCGGCAUCCCUUUCAACACUCUUCCACGGAAUUUUCAGGAUGCGAUCUUAAUUACAAGAUCACUUGGGUUACACUACCUUUGGGUAGACUCCCUCUGCAUAAAGCAAGACUCGGUCGAAGACUGGCGAAAAGAGGCAUCCCGAAUGGCAUCAGUAUACGAAAAUGCCUACGUAACCAUCGCAGCAGCAGCAGGACCAGACCCACACUACGGCUGUUAUAGCACCCGAGACGUAAUACUCCAGUCUCCACUCCAUAUACCAUCGGAGGACCCGAAAAAGGAGUUAUACAUCGUGCCACCCUGGAACGUUACGAGGAAUAAGACCUCCCUUGUUGGGAAAUCUUCGCUGCUUACCCGCGGCUGGGUCUUCCAGGAGAUGAUACUAUCACCACGCAUACUGCUUUUCUGCCGAGAUGGCCUCGCGUGGAGCUGCCGUACGGGCGACGCUUCCGAUGUCGCUCCGUGGGGAAACGUGCCAGGAUAUGGUUCUGAUGGAAGGCCCCGGAGCAUUGCCACACCUACCCUGUAUCACGCUGUCCUCGAAGCCGCCGAAAAAGUGCACACGCCGCAGGACAGGGACGGGAAAAUCGAGUUCAGUGAGCUGUGGCUCUCGCUCGUAAAGCAGUACACUGAACGGAAUUUGACAUUUGGGAAAGACAGAUUCAUUGCCUUUUCUGCCAUCGCGCAGAACAUCAAGGGGCACUCUGGCUUCAAAUACACCGCUGGCUUGUGGGAGGAUACUCUUCCAUACGAUCUGCUCUGGGUCCCACAGAAUCCAGAAAACACGAAAAGACCCGAAAUUUAUCAAGCUCCUUCUUGGUCCUGG